AUGAAGUCUACUUUGAUAGACGUUCAUACCCACAUCUACCCUCCAGCUUACCUUCGACUACUCCGCUCUCGCAAGCAAGUGCCGUAUCUUCUCGAUCUACCGAAUCACGAAGGGGAUGAGGACUCAACUCAUUCAGAUUCUCCCUCACCUCGACUGAUCAUUUUACCAUCUGACAAUGACCAAAGGAUACCACCAGCCAAGCGUGGUCGUCCACUUGACUCCGGGUACUCUUCUGUGCCUGAAAUACUGGAGUUCAUGGAUGUGCAUGGCAUAGGGAAAAGUAUUCUCAGCCUCGCAAAUCCAUGGCUUGAUUUUCUCCCCGCCUCUGAGGGCCCCAAGUGGGCGCUGACCAUCAAUCAGGAGCUUGAGGAGGUUUGUGCUUCCAGUGAGGGAAGGUUGUAUACCUUCGGCGCCUUGCCUCUUUCAGCCCCUCCACCUCAGAUCUGCGAGGCAAUUCAGUCGCUCGGCGGCUCACCGCAUGUCAAAGGUGUCAUUAUCGGCACGUCUGGUCUCGGUCAAGGUCUCGAUGACCCAGCUCUCGAGGAAGUAUACGCCACUCUUCAGCAAAGUCAAACAUUAGUAUUUCUCCACCCGCACUAUGGAUUACCUAGCACGGUAUAUGGUCCCAGAGCACACGAGUCUGGUCAUGUUCUACACCUCUCGUUAGGUUUUCCGCUGGAGACUACCAUAUCAUUCACCCGUAUGUAUGUGAGUGGAGUAUUCGACCGCUUUCCGCGCCUCAAAAUCCUCAUCGCGCACGCGGGAGCAACAAUCCCGUUUCUUGCAGGGAGAAUCAGUAGUUGUAUCGAACACGAAAGGCUCUAUCAUGACAUGGAUGGGACGCGGGUCGGAGGACCGGAACGAAGCCUGCAAGAGGUCUUGACAACGAAUGUCUGGGUUGAUGCAGUGGUCUACUCUGCCAGCGCGGUGCAAGCGGCCGCCGACGUCGUUGGCAGAGAUCGAGUCUUGUUCGGGACCGAUCACCCCUUCUUUCCACCCUUAAAGGCUGGAGCGGAGGAGUGGAUGAGUGUGAAGACUAACGUGCAAGCAGUCCGAGAAGCCUUUGAGAAGGCCGAAGUGGUGGAUGGGAUACUUGGCGGAAACGCAACAAAGCUGCUUGAUCUACCGUAA